AUGAAGGGGCGCCAGCCACGCAUCCUGCUGGCCAUCAGUGGGCACGACGUGAGCAAGGGCAGCAAGUUCUACAGCCCGGCUGGCCCCUCUGGGAUAUUUGCUGGCAGGAACGCUUCCUGGGGCCUGGCCACCUUCUGCCUGGACAAGAACAAGGACACACUCAGAGAGGAGUAUGACGAUCUCUUGGACCUGAAGGAGGUGCAGAUGGAGAGUGUGCGGGAGUGGGAGAUGCAGUUCAGAGAAAAAGACAAUUAUGUAGGCAGACUCCUAAAGCCAGGGGAAGAACUGUCAGAAUACACAGAUGAAGAAAAUACCAAGAAUCAGGGCCAAACAGGAUUGAAGCAUAUUUAUAAUUUCAAAAAAUAA